AUGACUUGUAAAUUGAUACACGUGCUAACCCUAGCGUUGGCAAUACAGAUAAUUGGUGCAACAAGACUGAUGUGCCCAAGUCACCCUAACUGCGUUUGCGGUAGCACGUUCCCUGUCGAACUCAAUUGCAACAUCGACGGUAGCAUCGUGACAAUAAGUUUUCUACCAAACACUUUCAUCAAUGUUAGAUGUGAAAAUGCAACCAUACUCAAUUAUAAACGGCUACCAAAGUGUGCCAAUGAAGUUGAGACAUUCAAGUCGGUUAGUUUCAAAGACUGUCCCCUACCCUCAUCGUCAUUCAAAGAUGUCUUAGAACAACUCGGCGUGUCGAAAACAAUGUCAUUAAUAUUUCAAAAUGCAAAGAACCUCUCCGGGUAUUUUGAUAGAAGACAUUUUACUGGAUUGAGAGAUUUAACUAAAUUGCUACUUUCUGUUACUGGCACUACACAGCUGCCCGACAAUCUAUUCAUGGAUGUGAACAAUUUAACAUGGCUGAACAUAAGAUGUAACAGUAUAAAUAUUUCUGAACAACUAUUUAAGCCUCUUGAAAGAUUGGAGACUUUAGAAAUAAGUCAUAAUCAAAUGACAAAUAUGUCUACGAACUUAUUUUCCCACUUGUCAUUUUUAAGGAAGCUGUCGCUUUGGCAAAGCAAUGUCACGUGGUUCUCUAAAGACUUCUUCUCGGGCGUAAACGUGCUUGAAGAAUUAGAUCUUAGUUCUAAUGGACUUAACGAACUCCCGACGCUUAUUUUUAAACCUCUAAAGAAGUUACGAAAACUCACAUUGUUCUCGAACAAGUUUUCGACUUUACCACAAAAUCUAUUCUCAACAAACAAUAACUUGGAGACGGUAAUAAUUCUUAACAAUGAUGUUAAAAUGAAAGAACUUCCACGAAGUUUGUUAGGCAAUUUACAAAGUUUGAGACACAUUUAUAUACAAAGGUGUGGUAUAGAAAUUUUACCGUACGACCUAUUUGUUAAUUCAUCGCAAAUAACGAACAUAUCACUGGCAUACAACGAUAUUAGAUCAUUACGAGAAUCGACAUUUAACGAUCAAAUAAAUUUGCUUGAACUCGAUUUAAGUCACAACAACAUGAAAACUUUGGAACCGAAGCUAUUUUCCUCAUUGGUAAGAUUGGAAAAAUUGGAAUUGGCUUAUAAUUCCAUUGAAGAAAUUUCCGGAUCGACGUUUUCUUCAUUGCUCAGUUUAAUAUACUUAAAUAUGGAGCAUAACAAUUUGAAAACUAUAUCCUCAUACUUAUUUAGUAAUAAUAAACAAAGAAUGUCAAUAUCUUUUGCAUAUAAUGAACUUCACUUUAAAAAUAAGGAAGUGCAAAAUAACUCUUGGACAAGUAAUACAAUCUCACCGUUUGCACAUACAUUUAAUUUGAAAUUGCUCAACUUGAGUCAUAAUAAAUUCGAAGCUACGUACGAUGAUUGGUGGAUUAAUGGUCAUGAACAUUUGGAUAUCAGCUAUAAUUACAUCAACUAUUUAUGGAACCAUCCAACAUCAAGUUAUAAAACGAUUGGCAAAAAGUCAACGAAACAACUUUGGGUUGCCCAUAACCCACUCAAUUGUAACUGUAAAAACUUUAAGUUCCUCGACUUCCUAAAGGAACAUUUUAAAGCUCAGAUUAAAGACGAAUCUACCAUACAAUGUUCAAUUUGGCGCAAAGAGGCUUGCAAUAUGCGAUUCAUCAUAUUUGUCUGCUUUAUUUCUAUAACAGCUUCAACGUCUACAAUCAUCAUGUUACUAUAUCUUAAGUACCGUAAAAACUUACAUUCCAUGAUCAAAAACAACCUAUACAAAGUGUCGCACCCUAAUGAAGUCAAACAAGAGCGCACAGUGAUUAUUAAAUAUUCUGAACACGACGAAGAAUUUGUACUAAAGGAAAUAGUGCCAGGCUUACGAGUUCAUAAAGGUAUUAAAGUUCACACCAAACCCAUAGCAAGUGACUGCAACAAAGAAAAUUUCAUUAAACAGCUCAAAAAUAGUUCAAAGGACGGAGACACGACGCUGGUUAUUUUUUCCCCAAACUACUUAAUGUCAGCUUAUAGUCACGUAAACAUAAAGAAAAUUCGAGGUGAAAUGCUGAAAGCGAAGAAGACGGUUUAUGUUUUUACGGACAUGGGUACAGAAAAUUCGAUUUACGCAUUCUUAAAGGAGCAAAGGGAUCGGCGAACGACAAUACUCUGGAAUAAUCCUAACUUUUGGAAUAUUUUACUACCGGUACUGUCAAAGGAGAAAUUCAAAUUGACAUUUCGUGUGAAGGAUAGUGUGAAUGCAAAAAUUCCCGUCAAGGCAUUGAAAUCAGACGUACAAUCUUUAGAUCCAACUUGUUUGCACUAUCAGGUUUAG